CAAACCCAACAUCAACUUGCCAUUAUCAUCAUCAUUAUCACCACAUUCAUAACAUACAUCAUCAUACAUAUCAUCAACCGCCUCACAUCUCUAUAUAUUCGAUCCGUUGCCUCCAAUUCUUCUCUUCAAACAGCUCUUCACUAAUCCUCUCAAACCCCCCAACAAAAACAGCCAAAAAUACUUAAAACUUCGGUCAAACAAUGGGUGAGCAAAAAGAAGGAGCUAAACCUGAAGCCGAGAAAAAGCCUGCCGCCGAUGCCGGCGCUAAGAAAGAUGACGGCACGGUCACCGCCGUUUACAAGAUUGAUAUGCAUUGUGAAGGAUGUGCCAAGAAGAUCAAACGCGCGAUUAAGCAUUAUGAAGGUGUGGAAGAUGUGAAGGCGGAUAGUGGAGCCAACAAACUAACGGUGACUGGCAAAGUGGAUCCCGCCAAAGUCAGAGAUAGAUUGGCUGAGAAAACCAAGAAGAAAGUGGACCUAAUCUCUCCUCAGCCUAAGAAAGAUGCCGGCCCAGCGGCCGGUGGUGUUGGUGAUAAAAAACCCGACGCUGAGAAGAAACCUGAAGGGAAAAAAGAAGAAAAGAAAGAAGAGAAAAAACCACCUAAAGAGAGUACGGUGGUUUUAAAGAUUAGAACACAUUGUGACGGUUGCAUUCACAAAAUUCGGAAAAUCAUCAAGAAGGUCGCUGGAGUUCAAUCAGUGGACGUGGAUGGAGCAAAAGAUUUAGUAACCGUAAAAGGCACAAUGGACGUGAAAGACCUCGUUCCUUAUCUCAAGGAGAAGUUGAAACGAAGCGUCGACAUGGUUGCCCCUAAGAAAGACGCCGGAGGUGAGAAAAAAGACGCCGGAGGUGAGAACAAAGACAAAGGAAAAGGUGAUGCCGCCGGCGGCGAGAAGAAGGAAGGCGGCGGAGAGAAGAAGGAAGGCGGUGGAGAGAAAAAAGAAGGCGGUGAGAAGAAAGAAGGUGGUGGCGGUGGUGAAGCGAAGAUGGAGGUGAGCAAGAUGGAGUAUCAUGGAUAUCCAUAUCCUCCACAGCCAAUGUACUGGUCUGAUGGACACAUGUACGGUCCGAGUUACGCGGUUGAGGGAUAUCAGAAUCACCCUCACGAGUACGGAUACGUGAAUCAUGGUUACGCGAACCAAGGGUAUAUGCAUCCUGGGUACGCGAACCAAGGGUACAUGAUGGACCCGCGGCACCACUACGCGCCUCAGAUGUUCAGUGACGAGAAUCCCAACGCGUGCUCGAUCAUGUGAGAGGGGAACCGGCGAAAUCCGAGGUGGAUGAGAAAGAACUGACGUUUGAUGAUGACGGCAGAGCUAAAACGAAGGGCAUAAAUGUAAAUAACAGAAAUUUCUAGGAGAGAAAAGUAAAUAGAGAAGUCAAAAUGAUGAUAUACACGGAAAUCGUAGAAUUUUGGAAUUAUCGACUAGGCUAGAUGCUAUAGGGAUGAACCGGCCAGCGCCGGCUUCGCUAGAGCCGGUUAGUUGUUGGAUGGUCGUUGGUUGUUUCUUUUCUUUGAAAAUUUUGUGUUAAAUUUAACCAAUGUAAUAAUAUCUUUAAUAUAAAAAAUGUAUUUUUAGUUUUUUA